UGCGCACGCGCGAAAUGACGUCAUAAAUUCGUCUGACUUAUCAAUAUGGAUGUCAACACAAACCAAAAAAUAGACAAAAAAAACAACAUGUCAUAAAUAUGCUAGAGUAUAAAACAUGUUAAGUCUCCAACCGAUACAGGUAUCUGGAGCAGGAUCUGUGUCUACAACAGGCAGCAGUGACAAUGAUGAGACAUCGAAGCUCAAGAAGAUGAAGCCUCAUGUACCUGGUAUUGUAAUAUUUGCUGAUCAUAAUCGCCCUCUGCCAUGGUCUGUCACUUAUCACGCUGUCACCCUGUUUGCAGAUAUUUCAGGAUUUACUGCAUUGUGUGAAAAAUAUAGUACAAUGGGACAGUCAGGUGUGGAUCAGUUGACAAGAACAUUGAAUGAAUAUUUAAGUGUUCUUGUGGAAGGCAUAUUAGGGUCAGAUGGUGACAUUCUAAAGUUUGCAGGUGAUGCUAUUCUUGCUAUAUGGAGAGUUGGGAGAGUUGAAGAGCUUGAAGCUGAAGUAGAGAAAGUAGUAAGAUGUUGUCUUGAAAUACAAGAUAAGUGUGGAGAAUGGGACACCGAUAUUGGUGUGAAACUAACUGUCAAAAUAGGUGUUGCUGCUGGUGAGAUGUCCAUCACAUUUCUUGGCAAUCGUGAAUAUAGACACUAUGUUGAGUUAGGGCCAGCUAUUUCUGCAGUAAACACAGCUGAACAUUUCUGUCAGUCUGGAAUGAUUGUCAUAUCACCUGAUACAUGGGAACAUUGUAACCAAGCUAACUUUCAGCUAGAGCCAAUGGAGGAUUUGAAGCAUAUGAGAGUUACAGGAGUUGCUAAAGCAAAGCAAAUUAGAAGCUAUAGUUUACCAGCCCCACAACUGCAUCAACAAUUUGAAGAUAUGACACAAAGACGGCAAUCUGAUGAACUUACUGUUGAUGAUUUAAAAACUAUAAGAAAAGUUCACAUGGAGAGAUUGGAGAAAUUACCUACAAUUGAAUCUAACAUGUCCUCAUUGCCCCUGAAACCUAUACCCUCCAUAAAACUGACUGAAGUGGAAGAAAAUAAUCAAAGUGAAGAAAGUGACACAUUCAGACCACAGAAAGAUAUGAAAUCUUUGGUGCAAACUAAAAUGCAAGUUGGAUCAAAGUUUGGGAAAUUAAAGAAGCUUGUCACCACAGUUACAGAGAUGAAGCUAGAUAUAGCUUUAAGGUUAUACAUUCUUAGUCCAGUUCUAAAAAAGAUUGAUGAUAAUCAGCCGUUGGAGUAUUUAUCAGAGAUGAGACAAGUGUCCAUCUUAUUUAUGAACCUUGUCCUAGAUGAAAAUGUGCAAAAAGAUACUGAGCAAAAUGAACACUUGCUGCAAAAGAUAUUUGAGCUGGUGUACAUGAAAACAAAGGCCAUGCAUGGAGCACUAAACAAAGUUUUCCUGUUUGACAAGGGUUGUACAUUUUUGGUAAUAUUUGGAUUACCUGGGUACAAACAUGAAAAUGACUGUGCCCAUGCUCUUACUUGCUCAGGAAGAAUGAAAUGCCAGCUUGACAAUACAGAAGGUGUAGAAAGAGUUUCAAUAGGUGUGACCACUGGAACAACAUUUUGCGGAGUAGUUGGACAUAAUCAAAGACAUGAAUAUUCUGUGAUUGGACGUAAGGUAAACAUGGCUGCACGAUUGAUGAUGCAUUAUCCAGACAAAAUAACCUGUGACACAGAUACAUACCAAACAUGUAGAUUACCACCAUCAUUUUUUGAAGUUUUAAUGACAAAGAGAAUGAAGGGCCUUCGGAAUAUUGGAGUUAUAAGACAGUUUAUUGGUUAUUCAAAGGAUGAAAAGAUGGUUGCAAAAAGUGUCAUGCAUACAGAUUAUCCCAUUCUAGGUAGGCAAAUGGAAGAAUUCAUAUUUAGAGAACAGUUGAAGGUUAUGCAAAAAGAUGAGAAUAAGAGGCGUCAUUUGGUCUUCAGUGGACCAUCUGGUAUAGGCAAAACAAAAAUUCUAGAUCAAGCACUUCUUACAGCUCUUCAAGAAGCAUUUAAUACAGUAUCAUGUCGUGUUGAGUUGGAAGACAGCAGUUACCCACACUUUGUGUCAAACCACAUAUUACGAAGUUUGCUGAGUAACAGAGGUUACUCAGACAAAAUUGAAAAAGAACCAUAUCUGCUAGAUGCUAUUGGAGAUGAAAGUGUUUAUCUCUAUGUCUUAAAUGAUGUACUUGGGACACAGAUUGAGAAACCUGUUUCCCUAGUUGGUGAAAAGGUAGAUGAAAAAGCAAAACGGCGUUCACUUUUUAAAAGAAUUGCACAUGAGUGUUUUGAUACUGAUGGGACUGUAGUUGUCAUAGAUGAUGCACACAACAUUGACACAUUUUCAUGGGCAUUAAUAUGUGAGCUACUGCCUUUAAAAAAUUGCCUUAUAGUUAUGAGUAUAAGGCCAAAUAUUCUGGAUGUUCCUUCAUGUCCGGAAGCACUGUAUUUCUUUGAACAUUCUGAGGUGAAACUUCUUGACAUGCGUGCACUGGAUCCGAAAUAUGUAGCCCCACUAGCUUGCCAAAUGAUGAAUGUUUGCAGUAUACCAAGGGAUCUAGAUAGAAUUUUACGAGAACAAAGUCAUGGAGUGCCAUCAUGGUGCCUAGAGAUAUUGAGAGACAUGCUUGAAAAUUAUCAGUUAAUCAUAGUAAAUGAUGACGGAAGUUCAGAAUACAAACAUGAUGUCAUUGCUCCACAUAGGUCACUUAUUACAACAUCAGCAGCGAUGCACAUGUUGAAUGUUCCUAGUGAGGCAAGGAUUCAUCAGCUACAAACUUUCUCUGUUACAGAGUUAACAGAUGAUGAUAAUCCACCACCUCCUGAAAAAGCUAUUUUACCACAUCUAGACAUUGAUAGUGUACCUCAGCCUAAACGAAGGGGUUCACUAAGGGUACCAUCCAUAGAACUCCUCAGCAGUAGACAAAGCAGCCAAACAGCAAUGACUAGGAUAGCCCGUUUUGCUAAAAAUAUUGAUUCUAGUAAUUUACCUGUACCUGUUUCCAUGAAAGAACUUAUUGUAGCACGGAUUGAUUCAAUGAGAGCAACAGAUCAGUUGAUGAUCAAGUGUGCUGCAGUUCUUGGUAAAGUUGUACGCCGUGAUAUUCUUGAAAUCCUAUUACCAAAGGCCCAUCGCCCUAAACUUGCUGGGACCAUUCACAGACUUAUGGAAAGCGGUAUUUUUACCUGCUCCAAAUCUCCAACAUCUCAAAUGGCAGUCCGAGGUGUACAGGAUGAACUCAAAGUACAACAGAACAAAUGUUUUUGCCAUAGAAGUGCAUCAGAAAUGUCUACAAUGGAAACAAACUCAUGCUAUGAACCAAUGUUCACACACCCGUUAUUGCAAGAAACUGCAUACGAAGUGCUGAUGGAAUCACAGAGAAAUGAGUUGCAUACAAAGGCAGCACAGUAUCUAGAACUUUCAGCCGAUGAGCUGAGGGGACAUAUACCAUACUAUGUGUUAUUUAGACCACCAGCAGAUGACCUUGAAGAGCAAGCAAAAAUGAUUGAACUUAAACUUGCUGAUGUUGACGCUGUAAUAUCUGUAAGAAGAAAAGGCCUUCAAGAAAUGGAAACGGAAACUAGAACUUUUACAUAUGAUGCUAUUCAAUCAAAGUCAAAGCGAGGGCGUAGGCAGGCAGUAUUUGUAUCAUCUAAGGAAGCUUUUCAGCUUAUAGGUGAGAUUGCAGAGGGUGGCACACCUCUUGAGCCCAUACAUGUAUAUAUCCGAAAGUUGAUGCCAAUCUAUGAAUCUUUGAUUCAUCAUUUGAGAUGUAUCAACAAGACAAAGAAGGCUCUGUUCAUACUAGCUGAAGCUAUUGCUGCAGCCCUGGUUAUUGAUUGUACGGAUCAGGCUGUAGAGUUUGUUCAUAUUGCUCUUGACAUGCUGGAUAUGAUCAAGAAAGACACUCCACGACUUGACAAGAACCAAAAAAUGAUUUUUGCAAGGAUAAACAGACUUCAUGCAAAAAUUCUGUAUCAUCUAGGAGAUGUAAAGAACGCUUACAGACAAAUCCCAGUUGCUGCUGCAUUCUUAGGACUCAGAGAAUCUAAGCAACCUACCUCCUCACUUUUUAGAAAUUUAUGGCUUAUCAUCAAAUUUAACUACUGUUUAAGAUUUCCUUCACAUAAAAGUGAGCCUCUUGAUGUGUCUGUUCUGGAACAAUGUUACCUCUUUGCUGAUCUAUAUAAAAUGGAUAAAGAACAAGGACAUAUAAACCCAAAGUUAGCACAUGCCAUUAAAUUGUUUACAACAAUUUUGUCGGGAGGAGCACAUAUACACCAGAUAGUUGACGCCUAUUCUGGAAUGAUAGAGUGUAGCCGAGAAAAGAGAUGGAUAUCAACAUGCGAAGGUCUUCAGUGGGAUCUACUUCACAUAUGUGCAAAAAGAAGUGAAGAACUUUCAACUUAUGACAGAAAUAUAUUGUGUGAGAUAUAUGCAACCAGCUGCAUUGAGUUCUUCUUGCAUGCGAACCUGGAGAAGGCCAAGGUAGUUGGUAAAGCAGCUGCAGACAUAUGCGUGUGUAUUCGAGAUGUUCAAACAACGAAUGUCUUCUGCCCUUUUUAUUUCUACUUGUGCUUGUUCAGGAAUGUUUACCAUGAAAGCAUUGGAUUAUUGGAGGUAAUGAAAGGCAAUGCUGUAAAACAGUCAGAUAAACUUGACAUUCGUGCAUUGUACCAGGUUGCUUGCACUGAAAUUGCUUUGGUCGGAGGAACUCCACCAGAAAACGUUCAGACAUGUAUCUCGUGUCUAAAGAAUUACCUGUAUGUUGACAAGACAGUACAAAAAUCUGCAGAAAAGUACUACAUUGCUAUGACAAUUUCACUAUGGUUUGCUCGAUUUGAGAAAUGGACGGAGUGUCAAGACUGGUUGGACAAUGGUAUUGUGUAUGAAAUGCGUGAAUCUUCGUACUAUAUGUGUAUGGGAAAUGUCAAUCGCUUGGAGUCUGUUCUAAUAACGAUGUCAAUAAAUGGAGAAUUAAGAGGUUCUCAUGUAAAGAACGCAAAGAAGAUAUUUAAAUCAUGUUGCAAACAAGUAGAAGAUAUACCAGUACUGAAACCAAGAUUGCUCCACUUAAAGGCAUACUUCAAUAUGGUGCUUGGGCGAAGGACUAAAGCCAGGAAAUUGGCCAAUAAGGCACUUAAACUGUGUAAAAAUCAGGGAAAUGUGUUUGAGGCAAGAUGGCUACAUUCUAAUCUUAAUACUUGGUUUGAAAGAGAAACUGAUGGAAACAAAAACAUCAAUGAAAAAUGGAAAGAACGCUCUGUAAGCUGUGGCGGACGUUGGAACCAAGAAAGUGUGACUCAGGAACCUACCAUGUACCCCCUUCCAAUUGUAAGGAGGUGAAACUUGAAUUGGUGUCUGAUCGGCAUCAGGUAAUAACUGCAAUAUGACCUCGCUCAGGUAGAGGUGCCUGUAUGAACAGCUCUAAAGGUUUUCAGUUGAAAUUUUGCAUGUAACGUUUAUUCAAUCAGGUAUCAAAAUAUUAGAAAUGACUGGGCUUGCGCAAUGUAAGGGGAAGUCUGUAAAAGUAAAAGUUCCCCGCCGGUCAAUCAGACAUUAUUUGAAGAUAUUCUGAGAUUAAAUAUUAUGUAAUGAUCUUAUUGGAAUUUAGUUUCCAGGUAUAUUUCUAGUAUUUGUUUGCAUUUGUUUAUGUUCAGACCUGCAUUUUCUUAUUCUUUAUUUGUGUAUUGUGCAAAGUUGCUGUUUCUGUAACACAUGGUGGUUGUUCAUCAAGAAUUGUGUACCAAUGUUAUUAUGUACUGGAAUGCUGUAUUUGAAGUAUAUUAACCAUGAUAUCAAUUAGAUUUUCAAGGCAGCUAUGAAAAUGGUUUCUUCUGUAAUGAAUGAUUGCUAAAAUUGUAUGUGUAGGUUGUGCAACAAAGCCGUCCAAGUAAAUCAAUAUAAUUUUAAUAGUACCGCAUAUAAAGUAAAAUGUGGUUUAAAACAUAGUGAUUGUACAAUAUCUUAUGUUCAUAAUUUACAUGUGCUACUGUAUGUGAUAAUGUCUGAAUGGGGUAAUGUUGUAAAUAUGAUUCAAAUUAAAUUAACCUGUCAAAAAUUGUGAAAAUGAAAUUGAUUGUUUAUGUAAAAAGAAUCCAGGUGUAAUGUCACACAAUUAAAAGAAUGUUUUUAAUCAAACUCAGUGUGAAAGAAUGAGUCUUAUUUUGCAUUUUAUAUGUUAAUAUUUAAUUACGCAUAAGACGUUUUUGUUUAUUUGCAUACAAGUAUGAACUCAUACAAAUAAUAAAUAUAAAAGCCUA